UGAAACAUCUAGUAUACUUUUACAAGAUUCUAUCAACCGCUCAAAAACCAAAAUGUUUUCUUCAAAUGAAAAAUCUAGUGUUCAGCCAAGGAAUGGUGGUAUUACUUUUGGAAAACCAGCACGACGAGUUUAUAACGACGCAUCGGCGACAUACGAAACUAGCAAUUUUACGAGAUCAACUAACCGAACCAACCGGACAUUGUCCUAUACCAAACCAUCCUACCUGUCCAAACCAGCGGUAAAUGCUUCAGCAAACAUCCCUGGGAACGGGCUAAAAUGCAGCUAUGAGCCAGCGAAUACUGGAAACGAUACUCUUCCUAAAAGAAGUAAAUAUUUGUCAAUUUCAACUGGCAGCAGUGCGGUCCCUCAAGUUAUGCUUCGAAACGGCUGCACUGUUGAACUUCGUGGGAUACCGAAGUGGAUGAAUACGAUCGGACAAUUAGACAGUCAUUUUUCUGAGUACGGGAGACUUAUGGAUAUUAAGGUUUGUUAUCUGGGCGAUCCAGGAGCUGCGACUGUAACAUUCUCUAACCAUGCUGAGGCGAGCGCUGCUCAACGGAGUACCAACAUGGGUUUUACAAAUGGCUCAUGGUCGUUCAAGGCUCCUAAUUCGGCCACCGUACCUUGUACUACCCAUCGAAGAGGAACCUAUAAAAUGCCACCUGUAGAUAUGGCAAAGCAUAAAUUUAUUCGGAAGGAGGAAACCAAAGUAGAUGAUUUGCAGAAACGAAAGCAGGAGCUACUCGAACAAUACUCCAAACAACUAAAAGUUUUAAAGGAUAUUAUCGCAAAGUGUGGGCCAAAUGAUCCAGCCCGUGAAGGAAAACUUAAUAUGAUUAAGGGUCUAAUGUCGUCAAUGGAGAGUAUAAAAGCUUCCGUUUCAAUUGUAGGAGUGCGAGAACAAGCCAAGGUACGUAUUGAAGGGAAAUCGAAAGUACCUGAUAAUGCAGUCGUUAAGCAAAUGGCACCAACAAACAACCAGUUGAGUAUCGGACAAUCAGAAGUGCCAGCUGACAAAGAACAACGGCAAAAUUCUGUAAACAAACUGAACAAGGUGGGCAGUGAGGCGCAGAUGAAAAUAGAAGCGUGUUAUCCGAAGCUUUCCACCCAACUUAAUGAUGUAACCAUUGUCCAUGCUUCGUCGACGUCAGUUAUCCAUUCUCCAGGGAGUUCGGGGAUCAGUUAUGUAGACGGUUCCCUGCGAGUUGAGGAAAUUGUAAAUAUUGAACAACUUGGCCAAGCGACUGCCAAGGAUACACUGGAUUACUCGAUUAAAGUAGGCGGUGAUAACAUUGGUUUGCAGCAGAAAAUAGAAACACCAAAGCUCUCCACCCAACUUCAUGAUGUAGACGUUGUUCAUGUUUCGUCAAUGUCAAAUAACCAUUCUUCAGGGAAUUCGGGGAUCAGUUAUAAGGAAGGAUCCCUGCGAGUUGAGGAAACUGGAAAUAUUGACCAACUUGGCCAAGCGACUGCCAAGGAUACACUGGAUUACUCGCUUCUCGACUAUGAGUAUGAAUAUCCAGAUUUAUCAGGCGAUUGGGAAUAAAAAUCGAUAGCAAACCAUUAUGUCUGUACCAAGUAAAAACUCCCUGUGAGAAUCUGUAAUAUCUUUUUAAGAACAGAAAUUUAUGUAAACUAAAUUAGAUUUUACCAAAAAAUAUAAUAAAUUUGUUUGAAUCUUAA